UAGCCUGUAGAUACUCAUGUAGACAGGAUGAACAGGAAUAAUAUUCAAUAAGCUAUCUUCAACCUUAUUGAGAUACACCGUUGCCUUAUAUAAGCCUUAUAUUUUGUCAGAGGCUGCAUUUUGACCUCCGUAAUUUAAAUUCUGUUUAAACGGUUUUACCAUUUGUGAUGUAUUCUGCCUCAUGAACGCUUGUCACGGUAUAAUUAGGUAGCCUGUGGUGAAAAGCUAUUUUCCGAAAAGAAAAAAAAAAAGGAAUAUCACGCUUUUUUUUUGCGUCCAGGGGAGAUUUGACUCAGAAACACAUGGUGCUUUGAUACAGGCAGGUUUGGUGAAAUUGAAGGGAUUGUGCGGAGACGACACGCAGACUGUCCUGUGAUGGAUAAUGCUCAUACUAAGACAGUGGAGGAGGUUUUGGGCUUCUUUGGAGUAAAUGAAUCUACAGGUCUGAGCUGUGAGCAGCUGAAGAAGAACAGAGAGAAAUGGGGACCAAAUGAAUUGCCAGCAGAAGAAGGGAAGUCACUGUGGGAGCUGGUCCUGGAACAGUUUGAGGAUCUGUUGGUUCGCAUACUGCUGCUCGCCGCCUGCAUUUCAUUUACCCUGGCUUGGUUUGAAGAAGGAGAAGGAACCAUCACAGCCUUUGUGGAGCCCUUCGUCAUCCUUCUCAUCCUCAUUGCUAAUGCUAUUGUCGGAGUAUGGCAGGAACGAAACGCAGAGAACGCCAUCGAGGCUUUGAAGGAGUACGAGCCUGAGAUGGGGAAAGUUUACCGACAAGACAAGAAGAGCAUCCAGAGAGUCAAAGCCCGAGACAUCGUUCCUGGAGACAUCGUCGAGGUUGCAGUUGGUGAUAAAGUCCCCGCUGACAUCCGGCUGACGUCCAUCCGCUCCACCACCCUGCGGGUGGACCAGUCCAUCCUGACAGGGGAGUCUGUGUCCGUGCUCAAACACACGGACCCGGUCCCAGACCCCCGGGCCGUCAACCAGGACAAGAAGAACAUGCUGUUUUCUGGUACCAACAUUGCAGCUGGUCGAGCCAUUGGGGUCGUCGUAGCAACGGGGGUGCAGACAGAGAUCGGGAAAAUCCGAGACGAGAUGGCGUCCACCGACCCUGAAAGGACCCCGCUGCAGCAGAAACUAGACCAGUUCGGAGAGCAGCUGUCUAAGGUCAUCAGCGUGAUUUGCGUGGCCGUCUGGGCCAUUAACGUGGGCCAUUUUAACGACCCGGUCCACGGAGGCAGCUGGCUCAGAGGAGCCGUCUACUAUUUCAAAAUCGCCGUCGCACUGGCUGUAGCCGCCAUACCAGAAGGUCUUCCAGCAGUCAUCACCACCUGCCUGGCUCUGGGCACCAGGAGGAUGGCCAGGAAGAACGCCAUCGUCCGCAGCCUGCCCUCCGUAGAGACGCUGGGCUGCACUUCUGUUAUAUGCUCAGACAAAACAGGGACACUAACCACAAACCAGAUGUCCGUCUGCAGGUUGUUUGUGGUAGAUAGUAUAUCUGGAGAGCGCUGCAGCCUGAACGAGUUUGCAGUGACUGGAUCUACUUAUGCUCCUGAAGGGGAACUCUACAAGGACGGCUCCCUGGUGAAGUGCAGCCGGUACGAGGGUCUGGUGGAGAUGGCCUCCAUCUGCGCCCUGUGCAACGACUCGUCUCUGGACUACAACGAGGCGAAGGGUGUGUUUGAGAAGGUGGGAGAGGCCACAGAGACCGCCCUCUGCUGUUUAGUGGAGAAGAUGAACGUGUUUGACACAGACGUGAGGAGACUGAGCCCGUCAGAGAGAGCCACGGCCUGCUGCUCUGUGAUCAAGCAGCUGAUGAGGAAGGAGCUGACGCUGGAGUUUUCCAGAGACAGAAAGUCCAUGUCCGUCUUCUGUUCCUCCAAUAAACUCACCAGGUCGACCUCCGGAGCCAAGAUGUUUGUCAAGGGAGCUCCAGAGAGCGUGCUGGAGCGCUGUAACUACAUCCGCGUGAGCGGCUCUGCCCGCGUGCCCAUGACCCCCAGCGUGCGGGAGCAGCUCCUGUCCACGGUGCGGGAGUGGGGCUCGGGCCGGGACAUGCUGCGCUGCCUCGCCAUGGCAACCAGGGACACGCCCCCAGACAUCCACUCCCUCAACCUGGAGAACUCGAACGUCUUUGCCGACUACGAGUCGGACCUGACCUUCGUGGGCUGCGUGGGGAUGCUGGACCCCCCCAGGAAGGAGGUGCUGGGGGCUGUCCGGAUGUGUCGGCAGGCCGGCAUACGGGUCAUCAUGAUCACAGGUGACAACAAAGGGACGGCUCUGUCCAUCUGCAGGAGGGUGGGCAUCAUCACGGACCAGGAGGAGGAGCAGGAGACUGCCGGCUUCAGGGGGGGGCUGACGGGGCGGGAGUUUGACGAGCUGCCUCCUCACCUGCAGCGCCAGGCCUGCCGGGGGGUGCGCUGCUUCGCCCGGGUGGAGCCCGCUCACAAGAGCCGCAUCGUGGAGUAUCUGCAGAGCCUGAGUGACAUCACGGCCAUGACGGGUGACGGGGUGAACGACGCUCCGGCCCUGAAGAAAGCAGAGAUCGGCAUCGCUAUGGGCAGCGGCACCGCCGUGGCCAAGUCGGCCUCGGAGAUGAUCCUGGCUGACGAUAACUUCUCCACCAUCGUGGCUGCUGUGGAGGAGGGCAGAGCCAUCUACAACAACAUGAAACAGUUCAUCAGAUAUCUCAUCUCCUCUAACAUCGGAGAAGUGGUGUGCAUCUUCCUGACGGCAGCGCUGGGCAUGCCUGAAGCUCUGAUCCCAGUCCAGCUGCUGUGGGUCAACCUGGUGACCGACGGGUUCCCAGCAACGGCUCUGGGCUUCAACCCUCCGGACCUGGACAUCAUGUCCCGUCCUCCCCGCUCUCCCAAAGAGCCGCUCAUCUCCUCCUGGCUGUUCUGCCGCUACCUCAUCAUCGGAUGUUAUGUGGGAGGAGCCACCGUGGGAGCUGCUGCAUGGUGGUUCAUGGCAGCCCACGAUGGACCCAAACUGUCCUUCCAUCAGCUGUCCCAUUACCUGCAGUGCAACGAAGGCCAGGCGGAGUUUGCUGGUGUGCAGUGUUCCGUCUUCGAGUCUCCGUAUCCCAUGACGAUGGCUCUGUCUGUGCUGGUCACCAUAGAGAUGUGCAACGCUCUGAACAGUCUCUCAGAGAACCAGUCUCUGCUGAAAAUGCCUCCCUGGUCCAACCCCUGGUUGGUGGGAGCCAUCUGUCUGUCCAUGGCGCUGCACUUCCUCAUCUUGUAUGUGGACCCGCUGCCGGUGAUCUUCCAGAUCCGCCCCCUGUCCUGGACUCAGUGGGUGGUGGUGCUGAAGAUGUCUCUCCCUGUCAUCCUGAUGGACGAGGCCCUCAAGUUCCUGGCCCGGAACUACAUCGAACCAGGAACGCAGAUCCAGUCCGUAGAGGAGGAGGAGCUGCAGCGGUCCCGGGCCGGCGCGGGCUGGGCCGGCGCCGUCACCUCCAAGCUGCAGCGGGCGCUGCACGGCGUGUCCUGGUCCUUCGUCCUGAUCUCCGUCCCCCUGGUGAUGUGGAUCUUCAGCCUGGACUCUGACAUCACCAACAUCUUCUGGGAGUGACGGGAGGACGGGGGGUCAGGUUGAACACAGGAGGAGAAGGGAAACACGAGGGGGAGAGAAGAGAGAGAAGAGAGAGAAGACGCAGAAGAUGGAGAACUGGCGAGGUGUAAAAAAACAAAACAAAAUGUGGUGUGUGUUAUAAAACAUUGAGUAGGAGUGAUCCAUUCUGCCAACAGACAAUCAGAAAAAGGAAGAGAGAAGUGAAGAAGGGUGGUUUUACGUGACGGCCUCCUCAGGAAUACAGGUGCUAUGUGUAGCUCUUUACGGCGUUUCCCUCCGGUCCCUCCGGUCCCUUUGGUUCCUCCACGCUGCACGCACUCGCAUCCUCAAAUACAAACCCCUACGGCAUGCCAGCAUGCUCACGUGCUCGUGCUUGCUGAAAUUGAGAAUAAUUCCAGAUAAAUAGCAAGUAGGGCGUCAGGUGUGUCAUUAACCAGUCAGCCCCGGUCAAACUAGAUCCGGACGUUUCCUCCUUUACUUGGGGGACAGUUCUGAGAAUUGAGCAGCCGGGUCUGAUGGAGAUGUUUAUUAAUAGCUGUGGGAGUCGUGUAUCUGCUUCUGCUUCCACAGCUAAGCUGUAGCUGUCAUUGAAAAUAUAAGAGUUAUCUACGUUCAGCAGAGAAACAGUAGCCAGUAAAGGCUCGGGUGUCGGUUAAAAUGCUACACAUAGUACCUUUUCAGAAGAAUAUUUGUGCUGGGGGAGUUGAGAGGACGACGCGCACGUAUCAAAGAUCCAGGUACCAGGUGAAGAUCACACCCUUCAGCAGCGGUUCUGUUCCCCUCCAAAAGCUAUUUACGUUGCAGCUACAACCUCAUUUUAGAGGCUUUAUUUGACACUAGCAGCCCGUAGCCUCUGAGUGACGACUGCAGUCUGCACGUCUGACCAGAUCCAGAUCCAGAUCCAGACAGGAAGUGAACCUGAACCUGAGCCGGGGCCGACGGGCCUGCGGGGGAACGGAGCUCCGGUGGCUGCAGGGGGGAAAGGGAAUCCACUCGUCUCACAUCGUGUCAGGGCUUUAUUUUGACUAAAGUUGAACCUUUAUUUUGUUAACUCCAUAGUUAAGUGUUUUCUUUUGUUUCAAUUGUUACUGAUGAUGGAACAUCUUGACUUUGAGCUUGUAAGCUGAAGCUUCAGAGAGGAAGCGGAGCAGGAUCCAAGCCUUUACAUCCCCAUGAAAGACGCACGGCUGAUGUUUCUGAACAAAUGUUGAUUGCAAUCUUUAUGUUCAUGCAAAUACACAAAUACACACUCCAGCUGCUGUUUCCUCCCAUAGGAAGUCAGCAUGUACGUGACGCAAAUAUACCCCUCUAUUUAGAUAGAAUACAUCCAUAUUUGAUUUGAUUUGAUUAACCCAUCUCUAAUUAGACUAGAGAGCUAGAUGGUUCUUUAUGUUGGAGUGAAGAAGGAGUUUGAGCUUGUUAGACCCGGCCAUGAAGGCCCGCUCAGUACUCUAGUACUCUGGUACUCUGGUACUCUUGUACUCUGGUACUCUGGUACUCUGGUACUCUAGUACUCUGGUACUCUGGUACUCUAGUACUCUGGUACUCUGGUACUCCAGUACUCUGCAGAGGGGGGGGUUUCUGCUUCUGUACCAGUUCACUGAAGGCGAUGCCGCUUGAAAGCCCAUUGAUUUAACAGGUUCCCGUGGAUAAAACACCACAAGUUCUCCCUCAUUUCUGCCGUUGUUCCACUGGGACCAGUCUGUCUCCUCCCCAGUAGAGUGGGAGCAGCUUCCUGCAUGACCUGUCGUGGUUCUGUGCUGCUGGAGCAGCGCCGAGCAGAACCGCUGAGCUCCCCUCGCCUGAUCCCUCUGCCAGUCCUGACGUGACUGCAUGUGUCCGUCACCGCCCUGCUCUCGUACAGAACCUGAACCUGCAGCUCGGUUCGGUUCUCCGGUCUGUCGGCCACCAGAAUCCCGCUGCUCGCCCCGGCGUCGAACCGCACUAGGACUUCUGUUGCUUUCUGUCACCUUGUUUUAUCGUACAAUUGCACUUCUUCUUUUCUUUUCUUUGGUCAAUGUGAAACCGUAUAUCUCUAUUUACAACUUCUCCUGUACAAUAGCUUCUGUAUCGAUGAUUUAGACAUUGUUCUCACUACAUUGUGCUUUUCUUUUUGAAUAUGUAGCUUCAAAACAUUACUUUCUAAAUAUUGUAUUUAUUCUCAAAUAAAAGGCCCAAAUAAUCUGCCAUAUGCAAAUGACAAACCUGUUUGAUGGACAUGAAAACAUCUGAGUUGUGUGAAUGUUGUUAUUAACAGUCUUACCUGUCUAAAACCAUCUGCUACAAUGUUGACGCUGUCGCUUUUUCUUUUUCAGAUUAUCGCUUUUUGUGUCAUACCUUAAACUUUAAGAAAAUGAUUAAAAUUGUUGCAAUAAAGUGUUUUAUAUACUUUUAAAGUAAACACAUUCAAGUGUUUUAUCAGCAACUACUUAUUUUGUAUUUGUAUUAUUUAUUGAUACUUGUGCUACAGGAGGGCUGGUGUUGCUGUGGUUUAAAGCGUUGGAGCAGGUUUGUUUGUUCCUGCGUGGGAGGGGGAGGGUUGUCUUUGGCACAUCACUGCUCUGAUUGACUUGCCUGUUUAAAUAAAGGUUGACCUGACAAA